GUACCAUGGAUUCUUUGAUAGAAAUCCUUCGAAAGUUGGCAGUAUUCGAAAAUCUGUGGAUUACUUUCUUAAUUGGUGCUUUUAUUCUGCUAGCUUGGUAAGUUGAAAACAUUGAGUAAUCUUGCAAUUUCGCUAGGAGCAAAUAUCGCCUCCUUGUUUACUUUUCGAAUUUUCACGUUGCUAGCCAGGUCUUGGAUCUUCACGGUAUAUUGAUUUUGUUUUGAGAAUGGAAUCCCGAAUGUUUUCUUCAUCUGUCUUUCAAACAGCUGAUUAUAUUUUAAAAUCCACUGAUUCUUUUUCGUGACGUAAGCCAGCGGAGGUCUCUUUUGCGUACCGAGGUCAAGCUUGCCUGUCUCGGAAAACGAAGACCUGAGACCAAAUACCUCAAAAACUAUAAAAGAUUCAAAGAUCAUGAAGGGCCGCGCCCGUCAUGUUUGGAGUUUUCUAUGCUCGACGUAGCUUUCGUUCGGCUUUCUUCGAUUCUCUGUGUCACAGAGAACGGUUUUCUUUCGAAACGGAACAAGCGUGACAGCAUGAAGCAAAACCUGAAAUAUAUUGUGGGGGUGGGGCAUAGGGGCCUUGGUGCCCAUACUUUUUGUCCUUAGAAAAUUAGCUAAAAACUGUUUUGGAAAAAUAUGGCAAAAGUCUUGAAUUUUGCAUCCAAACAUUUGUAUGAACCCUCUCUGUGCAAGAGACACAGCUGAGGUAAUUUAGGCUUUACAAAGCCUACUUCAUAAAGUUUGCAAACUGCCUUAAAAUUGCACCUGAAAACUAAAAUCUCAAAAAAUCGCAAUUUAUUUAUGUAAGUGCAAACAGGCCUGUACAAACCGAAGCAAAUAAAAUUCAUUCUUUCUUUGUUUGUUCAUUGAUAUCCAUGAAAAAUUGCCUGAACAAUCAAGUUUACCAUGAGUACAGUCUCUCUAAGGCAGACACCUUUGGGACCAGCGCUAAGCAUCCAUCUUUGAGAAAUGUCUAUCUUCUAGCUCAGAUAGUCAAAUUGUAGAUCUGGGCCGAGUUUUUCAAAGCUGGGUUAAGAUAACCCAGGGUUAGUGUGAGAUUUGAAUUCAGAUUUGAAAGCUUAAGAAGCGUUUCAGUUUGAAUUCUUUUUAUCUACAAGUUGACGAUUGGAAGCUCUAAAAGUAGCAGAGAAAAUUAUCCAAGAAAAUGCUUUUGAACAUAAGAAAAAGAAACCUGCAUUAAAUUUAACCCCGGGUUAAGCGCUAAUUGGCCUUCGAACGACUGGUCCCUGCCUGUUAAGACUGUAUUCAAUCCAACCUGCUUUCCUCUGACCAUUGCAAAGAACAUCAACUGAUCUGAACAAGGAGUUGGGCUUUUUCAACCUCCCAUCAUUCAAGAGAAAAGAACAAUGCAUACGUCAAACAGUUUGUUGAAUUAAAGUGGAAAAUACACUGCAUUCAGUUUUUCGGUGAUGCAUUGUAACAUUUUAUGACAGUUCUAGAUUUCUUUUUUGUGGGUAUAGAGACCUAUUCAGACACCCUUCUCCCUUUAGUGUGCAAUUGAAAGUGGAUGCCUCUGCAUAUAAAAGACAGCUGUGCCAACGUCCUUGCAUUUUUUUUAUACAAGGAAUAAAACAAUGUUUCUGAUUCUCUUCUUUUUAAGUGUCUCAAUUUUAAGAUCACUCAGUGGCUUAUCUACCAAAGGAAUUUUUAUGAUCCAUCCUUUAGCAGGCAACACGAUUCCAAACUUUUUUUUACCCCACCCUACUCAUUCAUUUUUUAGCCUCCCUUAGGCCUGCUGAUAAUGAGCACUCUGAUACUGACACCAUUUGAAUUAUUUAACCUGUGAUAAUAGCAAAGAAGCAGACUUUUCUUGUGGAUUGAUAAGGAAGUGUUAGAACACUAAUUGUGAUUAAGGUGCUACAGUUUCAGCAAAGAUAAUUGGGACACUUCCACCCAACACUGUUUUUUCACUUCUGGCCGGUCUCCUCGUCCUCCCAAUGUUGUUUAUCACAGUUAACUCACCAAUUCUUGCACACCAGCAUUGGGAGGUUAAGAAGACAGCAAAGUGUCCCAACAAUUUUGACUGAGACUGCAGCUUCACUGACUAAGUGGUUAAUGGAGUUGUGCUUAUCUUGUGCUCCAACAUUGGGAGGGCCAGAAGACAGCAAAGUGUCCCAACAAUUUUGACUGAGACUGUAGGUUGAUUCUGAAAUGGUGGUUCAUUAGCUGGGACCCCUCACUCAAACCAAGUUUAAUAGUGCUCAGUAAUAUUAUUAAGUUCACCUUAAGUUCAAGUUUGAUUGUCUUUAACUGCUUAACUUAGUCAAAAUUAGUAAUCAAGUUUUAAGUAAAGUUUGACUUGACUUACUUGAAUGACUUAGUCGUCUUGUCCUGCCAGGAGGUGUAGGUCAUCAACGACAACACAAAUACCAUUGCAAUUCUGGGCGGUGGGUUUGAUACGCAUCAGUUUAUCCUUGGCAGUUCUUCAUCUCCAGCUCUGUGUGGGUCUUCUUUUUCUUUGCCAUAUUCCCUAUAGGUUCCAGGUGAAAGCCUGCCGUGCCUUCCGUGUGAUAUUCUGUGGGUCCUUGCUUGAUAUUUUGUACAGUCCAGCUCCACUUUCUGGGGAAAGUGAAGUUUGAUUGGGUUCUAAUGAUUUUUGUUUUUUGUUUGGUUUUGUCUGUGUGAUGAAGCCAGACACAUACAUACUGUAAGAAGCUUGUUAUCUGUCUUUAAUUUCUGAGAUCCUUAUGAAAUGUUUCCGACCACAACAGCUUUUUACAAACAGACUCUGAACUGAGGGAAUUAAAUUUAGUAAAAUUAAUAAUUAUGCAGGGAAACAUCACCACCCUAUCCCCGUACUCAUGUUAUUUACCUUUGAAUAUUAUUAAGGGUUAAAUAUGAGAUAAAUCAAAAUAUUAAUGCAUGAAAAGUAUAGCAUUGCCUUUUGAAGACAUUGAAUUCUGAGUAUUAUUUUGUUCAUGAUGAUUAAUUGGUUUUAUCCCUACAUUUGUUCACUGUAGGUAUGCAGUGGCCCCUUUUUCCUUCUUCAAGAAACUUGGGAUUCCAGGUCCUGCUCCUUGGCCAUUUUUGGGAAAUGUUCCUGAAAUGAGCAAAAAGGUAAGAAUUCACAUGAAGUGUCAUAAAAUAAUUUGAGGAUGAGAGGCCAACAUAUUAUAUUAUAUGUCUUCUUUUCAUUGUCGCAUGUAUAAUAUAUUGAAUGCAUUUGCAGAAUUAGUUUAGAUGUCAGCUAGAAGCUUUAGGCCUCACUGACUUCCAUGGAGUCUGUUUACUCCCGAACUUACUAAAAUGUUUGCGCCCUUCUUAAAAAUUUUGUUUGGUUGCAUUUGCAUUUUUGAAUUGCUCAAGUGACCAUUCAGAGCAUCCUGUUUGGUUAUGUGAAUUUCUCAAAAAGAAACUUAGCUGAUUUACAGUUCAGGUGACCAUGAAUGCUUACCCUGUUUGUCACUGGGAUAUCCAGUUGCUGACAGUUCCACGUUUUUUUUUAACUUUUGGUUAAGAGCAGUAAGCAAAUUUCCAUCAACAUGGAAGGAUGGUCUUAGUAUAAAGGAACUUACCAAGUUUAUAGGUGAUGGGUCCAAAAAGUUGCAGAAUUUUACAGAGGUUUGUGUGGGGGAGGGCAUGAGCUUACCCACCACCAUACAAAAAUCUGUAAAAUUCCUUGACUUUGCUUAGCUAUAUCUUGUUAGUUUUCGACGAUCACUUUCAAACUUUUUAAUGACUUUAAUGGUUUUAUGGGGUUCUUUCCGUCCAUUUUAACAGAUUUUUGCCAACCAGUUCCAGUCAAAAGUUAAAAAAACCGUGGAAGGGCCGACUAUUCAUAGGAAGGAAAUUGAACGCUCGGCUAGGAAGUGUUUCUUACCUUAAGUAAUAAUAUUGUUGUUUGCAGAGAGGACAGCUAUUUUUGUUUGACAAAGAGGUUGCUGAAAAAUAUGGAAGAGUAUGUGGGUAAGGAAAAUAUGAGUAGAUUAUGAGUCAUGGGAAGUACCGGUAUUUGUGGUCAAGGCUUCAAUCCACCAUUAUUCCCCGGUCCGUUUGUAGAGAUGUGAGUGGGGCUAUUCACUUCAGCAUUUACCUUUUACAGUGUAGCAUCAUCCUUUCGUGGGCCAAUGAUGCAACUGGUGUAGCAUAAAGUCUGAACAUUCUGGGAUCUUUGACUUUCAUGAAACAUUAUUUCUAAAAAUUAUCGGUCAAUAUUAUAAUAAUGGGUACAUGUAUUUAAUUCGUACAUUGUAAACUCAUCUUGUCAAUUCGCAUUUCAGGAUAAGUAUAAAGCUGUUUAAGGUGGCUCCACUGGAUUGUUUAGGGGGGAUACCUCCCAAGUUUGAGGAUUGACUACGUCGGCAUGAGUAAAGAUAUGGGAAAAAGGUUACCACAUCUAGUGUAUUAUAUAAAGAUGAAUAAUUCAUGUGAUCUGGGUUUUAUUGCAAUGGGAGUCACCAUGGCAAUGUAAUGACGCCAUUUUGUUUUUUAUUCAUCUUUGUGUUUCUCUGUACCAGGAGUUUUUUUUAAAAAGAAAUUGCUUAAGGGGCUAUGUGCCUGCAAUAAUUGCCUCAAUUAUGGCAAAGUUUGAACAAAUUCUAUGCGACUGUUUUCGAAAUAUUUUGAAACAAAAGUUUUAAGAAUCAUAAAAACAGUGAAAUAGCAUGCUAUCCAAACUAUUAGCCAAUAUUUCAAGAAAAUUAUAAGCUUUGGAAACAUGGCUUCAUCUCAUAGUGGUUUGAUUCCAUUGAAAACUGUGUACCAAAAAAGAGUGGAGUUGCUCUGAGCGAUUGCGAGUAAGAAAAAUUUUAGUAACUUGCAUUCAACUGCUUUUGUUACAGUUUUUGCAUAUAAUUUGGUCCAUGCCUACAAAUUUCACAUUUUUCAAUAUCUUUACUCAUGCUGACGUAGUUAAUGCUCAAACUUGGGAGGUUACCCCCCUAAAAAAUCCAGACGAGCCACCUUAAAUCCCCUUGCAUGCAUCAACAUCUUCAGUUAUUAUUGUUAUUGUUGUUGUUGUUGUUGUCAGUGUCAUUGUUAUUAAACCAUAAACAGCCUACCAUAAUAAUUAUUAUUGUACUCCUAUUCCAGCACAGUGUUUUAUUUGUUUUUCACUUUUAUGCUAAAUAUUGAGGAUGGUGGUGAUUUUAUCUUUAUAUUUACAUAUCUACAGAGUUUAUAUGGGACGUAACCCUUCGUACCUUGUAACUGAUCUGGAUCUCAUUAAACAGAUUCUGGUCAAAGAAUUCAGCAAAUUCACCAACAGACCAUUGGCAGUAAGUGGGUUUUACUUUCCUCUUAGCUAGUGAAUCAACAGUUUGUACGGGAUGCAUGUUUGAGAAGGAUAUAGAAGAUACCAGGAGAUAUUAGGUGCUGACUGUGUUCAUCCUUUACCCUUUAAUCCACUGAAGCCUCUUUACUAUGUUUCUUUUUAAUUUUAGAGCCUUGUAUUUCAAUAUUAGUCUAAACUUUGGUACUGUCUAGAAAGCUACUGACAUGUAAUGUUAAUAUUUUUUUCACAAAAUUCAGAUCAGAUACUUUAGGUAUAACAGCUAAUAUUUUGAAAGCCAAAGUGUAUAUUGAAAUUAUAUUUCCAUGUAUAAAUAUAGUUAUCAUAGGUAAUUAAGGAUUUAAAUAAAUUAUUAAUGCUUACUUUACGGUUUUGAGUUGAGAAUUAAUUUUAAGUGUCAUAAUCUGUUUUUGCAAUUAUUUAUUUAUUAUUUUAUAUAUUUAUCUAUUGCAGAACGUUGUCAGUUCAUCUGUUGUUUUAGCUAAAGGACUUUUGCGCGUGCAGGAUGAAGAUUGGAAGAGAAUCCGUCAUACGAUAACUCCAACAUUCAGUGCACUUAAACUGAAGCAGGUUCGCUUAAGUUGGGAUUGCUCCCUAGAAUGCCUGGGUGAAAGUUCUAGAAUUUGGGAGUCAGUUUUGAGGCAUAAUUGGGAUUUGAAAUAUAUGUACAUGUAUAUGUAAUUAAAUGGGGCAAAAUUUAAUUUAGGCAAGGUUAAACAUGAGACAAUGCUGGCCAGCAUUCUCCAACACCAAUCAUAUGUGGGGUGGUCUUGGGGUUAAGGUGGGCCUUAGUGAUUUUUCAGCGCUGUCACAGAAGUCAAUCAUUUUGCUCACGUUGCUUUUGCGUGCAGUAGUUGUAGUUAAUUUUUGCCCCCAACCCUCGCUUCUCUCUGAAUGCUUUUCUUGGUAAGUACAUGGGCCUUUUUCCACUGAGGUUCUCAGUGUGACGGUGCCUGAUGGGUGCCGCUCACAUGGUUGUCAUGGUUACCUUCUAGGCUCACUUGCAGCCCCCUUCUGUUUCACCAGGCACCUUCCCCACACUUAUCUAUUGUUGAUGGGUUUAAUAGGCUGAAAAAUAGGAGUUGCAGCUGUUGUUCUAGUUAAGCACCCUUUUUAAAAUUGUUACACCACAACUUACACUUCAUUUGCUUGCUCAGUAGUUAAGAGCUGUGAUAAAUUAGGAUAGUAAUAGAAAAAAAAUUGUACAUGUACACCUCUGAAGGGUCAUAGUAAUAUCCUCCAUACUAUCUCUUUGGCUAUUACUUUUUCUAUCAGGUUACACCAUUAGUGCACCACUCAUGUGAAACCUUAUGCAAAAAGCUUGAGCAAAUCGCCAAGUUGGGCACCAAAGUUAAUUUGUGGAGGUGAGGACAGAAUUAUUGUGCACUUGAUAUUGUAGCUCUACUAGCGGUCAGAUGUUGGCUGUAGGGUAAACAUACGUCAUUGUCUUCAAAAAGUAGUCGUGAAUUAAGACAGCCAUAGGGCAUGUAAAGUGCACAAAAUUUUACAGAUAACUUUUCAGCUUAUAAGAGUGAUGCUGCUUCCUUGACUCUACCUUUCGCUUUCUCUCCUCCCGACAUCCUCUUCCUGCUAUGCAAGGCUUGAAAGAUCUUGUCCGCCUGCAGAAGACACAUAUAGAAGUUGUAAUAACUGAUACAAGGGAUCCACAAGGGUAGUUAGAGGCAGUUGACUUGAGACUGUUUUAAUCCUAGCCUGAUUGUAAUCAUGCAUGGUCUUUAUAUAGCCAGGGCUGUCAAAAAGGUUUUUAAGUAGCGGGCUGAUAAUGAAUAGUAGGUGACUCUGGAACUCUCACCAAAGGCACAAGUUCUUAAGGGCCGAGGCAUCUGCAGACAUUUUGAAACCAGUAAUGGCGUGUCCAGGGGUUUUUAAGAGGUGUUUCUCACUGCAGACACCAUGUUGUUUUGUCAGAAUACACCCAAGACUGGGAACAAUGCCGUCAAAAUGUCCUUGCCAUUCCAAGACAUCCCACAGUUCGAAAGUUUCACAGGUCUAAACCUGUUAGAAUAUGCAUUCAGUGUCAUUGCUCCGGGGAAACAGAUGCUUUACAAUUUUAUUUAAAGGUGCUUAAUUAUUUUUUGUUAGCAAUCAUGGUAGAAGAAGAUGAAAGUAGCCGGCUAAGGAUGGCUAACUAGCCAGUGGUUUUGGCUGGCUUCUGAAAUGAUAGCAAUGAAUACCCCCUGCAACUUUAAGGGAAACCGAGUUCAAUUUACUGCUUUUCGAUCGACUGAUGCGACAUGAUGCGUGAUGGCCGUAUAAAUGUUUGGUGAAAUCGACACCAUUUCAUUGACAGCCCUGUAUAGCUGGUAAAAUAAUAUUACACUAGCUGGGCAAAACAUCUUGUCUCCAUUUGGCUUUAACCGUGAUUUUAUGUUUUAAACCCUACAUACCUGUAUAUAUACUUCAAUAUCUUCACUUUUCUCAAAAAUUAGUUUAGUCGUAUUUCCUCUUUUAAUAUUGCAAUGGAACCCUGCCUUAUGGCCACCUCGGUAAUACGGUCACCUCGUUAUGACGGCCACUUUUUUUUGGCUGCUCGGUAAAGGCCAUACGUUUUCUUGUAAAAAACCCUCAUUAAUAUGGCCAAUUUUUUUUGGCCCAUUGGUGACUGUAUUAACAGGGUUCCACUGUAUAGCGUGAUGGACUAAAAAAAUAGAAGAUCUAAAUUUUGAUUUCUUCACUUGUCUUUAUAAGGGUUUAUGGCAAGUUUACCAUGGAGGUGAUAUUGUCAACAGCAUUUGGUGUCCAAGCUGAUGUACAAACUGAUCAAGAUGAACCAUACACUCCAAAUGCAGCACUGCUGUUCAGACAGCCCCCACUUUCGUUUGGUUUGAGUAAGUACACGUAAAUUUAUUAUGGCACUUUAUUUUGGGGAGAAAAGUUUUGCACAGUUUUUGGCUGUUGCCUUGAUAUCAUUUUCAAGUGACAAAUUAAAUUAGAUUCAGGUCAUGAAUUUUAGUCAUUUAAGUGUUUAAGAAUAAACAAACAUACAUUAUAAUUUCAAGUUUUCUUUGUUCCUUCAUAUAAAUUCAGUGUUUUACAUUUUUUUAUUCCUUUCCCUCCAUAUUUGCAGUGAUAUUCCCCUUUUUAAGGCCAGUGUACCAGAUUUUUUGCUCACUAUUUUCUGGGUUUGGCACAACAGAAGAAGGAAAGGCAUCGCAGUUUUUAAUCAAUACAGCAAAAACGGUGUUGGAGUUGAGGAAGCAAACUGGCAAAUCACAGGUAAUUGACCUUCAAUAAUGCUUGUCCUGUUGCAAUUCACAGUGCUUUUUCUUCUUGAGGUUGGUGAGGUUGGGGUGGAAAUGACUAAGAUGGAAAAUGAAAAAAGUAAGGAGCCUAUCCUUACUACAGGGAACUAUACAAUACAAUACAAUACCCUUUAUUUAACAUGGUCAAUGUUCUUACCUAAUUAGCUACUUUACAGAGAUGCCACGGAAAAUAAAUAAAUAAACUAGAAAUAAUAAUAGAAAGAGAAGAUUUCUCAUAAAAACCUAUAUAAAUAUAUAUAUAUAUAUAUAUAUAUAUACAGUUAAAAAUUAUUAAAACUAAGAGUAGAUCACAAGAUUAUGACAUAAUGAUGUUAAAACUAAGCAUAAUGUAUUUACGUGUAUUUGCGCGAUUAAAAUGUAAAACUUGAGAAAUCCAACUUAGACAUCAAGUUCAGCGGCACGAAACUGAUCCAGGGUCCGAAAUUGUGCCUUCCUGGUCACCAAUGCGACUAAAAAUUUAGUCCUGGCGACCAGAAUUUCAUAGCUGGUUGCCAGCUAGCGACUUGUAAAGCAGGUUGUUACUGUGGACUUUAACGUUCGGAGAAACUGAUUAAGAAUUGAAACCUCGAAGCUAUUUGCCAACAGGAGUCUUACUUUUGUCCUGCUGAUAUUUUUUAAUUAAAAGUGAAACGUAUCUUCCUGUAAUAAUACCUCCACAACAGCUACGAUCAAUACGAGUUCUGUGUUUCCAAGCCGUCAUGUUGUUUUCGGCUAAAAUACGGUAAGUACGUUAUGUACUUUGCGGACUGGUAUGAGUGAUGUGGCACAGUUGUGGCCUUGUACGAGCAACAUGGCAGCUUGAUUUGUGUUUACGUUUCGUGUUUCGUGGUAGUUAUCGGAAAAAAAAUAGAGUUUUGAUAUGAUCAGUGCAGUCAUGGGCAGACAGCUUUCUGUUCCUACGUUCUAAGUCAGACAGCUUUAUAUCUCCAAAAAGUAAUUUGUGGAAAAAAAAAAAAGACUUCACUCGUACACGUACCGUUGUUUUCUGGUAUCGGAAGUAGUGCAAUUUUCGAGCAUAAAAACGUCCAUACCAUGCAUUUUUUAUUCGUGUUUAAACUAUUAUUGAAAAAAAAAGGAGGGGAAAUUUUUGGCGACCACAAUUUGCACUCUGGCGACCAGAAAUUUAUACUUGAUCGCCAGUUGGCGCCCGUAUUAAAAAGUUAAUUUCGGACCCUGUGAUCCAGAAGAGCGUUCCAAAUCUUAGCUGCAGUAUAACGCCACGAUUUAAGUCCAUAGGUGGUUGUAUUUACUUUGGGUAGCUCGAGGAUGUGUUUUCCUCUAAGAUUAUGUUAGUUGACCGUUCAUGCAAUAGCUCUCCUAUUCCUCUAGGGACUUUAUACCCACGGAUAGCUUUGUAAACACCAGUGACCAUUUUAACAAUUCUUUGAUUAAGUGGGAACAGUAGGUUUAGUUGUUUUAGCAACGUCUCGUAUGUGGUUGUCUUGUAACGGGUUACAAAGCGAAGGGCUCGUUCAUUGAUUUUUUCAAGUUUGACGGAACCUCUUUUACCACAGUGAUGCCACGACUCUGAGCAGUAAUUGAAAUGCGGUGCAAUGAAAGCGAGAUAUACAUAUCUAUCCUCAAUUCAAAAGGCAAUAUUUUCUUCAGACCAUUGAGAACAGCAACCUGUUGACUAACUUUAUGACAGAUUUUACGAAUCUGUCCCUCAAACUUAUAAGCUUGUUAUCGAGGGUGAUGCCUAGGAGUUCCAUUUCGUCUUGAAUAGGGAUAACGGUUCCUUCACAGGUCAACACAGGAUUUCUCUCGACUCUUCCAAAAGUAAUAUAGGGUAUUGCUUGAUAUUUUGAGUGAUUUCUUUUCAUUUGAUUGAAUUCAUACCACUCAUCAACCUUUUUCAAAUCGGCAUUUAUGGCAUGUUCAACCUGGUCGAUAUCUUCCACAGACUUAAACAAUUGAGUGUUAUCAGCAUACGUGAAUGUGCAUUCAUCUAUAGCAUAAGAGAGGUCAUUCAUGAAGAUAUUAAAGAGAAUGGGACCCAAAAUUGAUCCCCGGGGGGACACCUUCAACAUAGUUUUCAUAGAAGAGUGUUGUCCACACAAUCUGACAUGUUGCUGUCUGUCACUUAAAUAAUUCGUAAUGAGAUUGAUAACUUUUGAGUCUCCACCAUAAUCUUCAAGCUUUUUGACAAUAAGAUCAUGGGGAAGGGUGUCAAAUGCUUUUGACUGGUCCAUAGACACCAGACUAAUAACUUCGUAUUCUUUCUUGAAUUGUUCAGUCAGACUAAGCAUAGCUGCGUCGCACCCAUGAUAAUCUCUAUGUGCAAAGACAUUGUUAUGAUAAACAUCUUCAAAGUGUGGAGCAAGUCUUGAGUGAACGAGUUUUUCAAAAACUUUGGAUAAGACUGGCAGGAUUGUUAUAGGGUGAUAGUUUGUCUUUGUUAACGUACAGUCUUUCUUGUGGACCGCGACAAUUUUACCUAGUUUCCAACUUGGAGGCACUUUUUCCCCUUUCAAAUAGAAAAUUCACUGUAAAACAGCUGAAAGGCUGACACGGAAUUUCAGCAGAUUCUUUGACGGCUCGGGUUGGAAUUUGAUCAUGUCCAGUAGCUUUGUUUGUCUUAAGAUUCUUCAUAAUGCCCUUCACUUCAAAGGAACAUACAUAGAUUUCAAGGGUGGAUUGCCAGGCUUGAAUCUAGGCUUUUGAUUUGUUGUUGGAGUGAGGAAGGGGGCUCAACUCAUGUUCAAACCAGAAGUAUGAGUGGGACUGCUAGAGCACAUACUUGCCUUUGCAGGUAUCUUUUGGACUUAGUAAAACUGUCUAUAAUAAAGUGGUGUCUGUAUUGUGAAGGUGUCUAUUAGGACAGGAAGGAGUACCGCACUGUAUGUUCAUUAAUUUUGCAGAGAAAAGAUCUGUUGGAGCUGAUGCUCCAAGCAGAAAUCACAGACAGUGAAGGUAAACAAGUGAGCAAGCUUAGUGAGGAUGAAGUUUUGGCCCAGAGUUAUACAUUCAUUUUGGCAGGAUAUGAAACAACCAGCAAUACUUUGUCAUAUGUAACAUACUGUUUGGCAUUGAAUCCUGAAGUGCAAGAAAAACUCAUUAAAGAAAUUGAUGAUGCUGUUGGUGACAAUGUAAGUACAAAGUCAGAAGGCUAGGUGAUUUAGUUGAUUAAAUGAUGUCAAUGAUCAUAGAUUUGCAAGGAUGGUAACCAUGAGUUUUUAACAAGUUAAGAAAAUUUAAACAGCCCUCAGAUUACAUUCUGGUUUCCCUAGCUCAAAAGUGGUGCCUGCAUGGGUUUAUGCCAGCCGGGUGCAUAGAAAAUUUUUUUAAUAGUAAAUUGUGUGACAUUUCCUGUUGUGCGUUGUAACAAGGCUCUUUAAAGACAAAAAGUAAUAAAUUAGGAAAUUAUUAUACAGUCAAACCUCUAUUAUCCAGACUAGUUGCCCUGUAUGGUCCUGUUUUUUUCUAAUGAAUAUUAAUAAGAUGUGACGGCUUCAAAAAUUGAAAGGAUUAAAAGUUCGUUUAUUCUUCCAAACGUGUUUAAAACACUGUAUUUUAAUUUGUUUUGAACAUGAACACUUCAAACAGUAACUUACAUACAGACCAUACAUAAAUGCAAGUACGAGCAAAUUCAAAAUUAAAUUUUGUUUUCUUUAUUCCUUAUUUUUACAUUAUUGUCUUAUUAAUAUCAUAUUUUUGAUUAUCCGGACUAUUUGCUUAAGUCCCAACCAGUUCGGAUAAUCGAGACAAUGGUGACAUUGACAAUGCUGUUUGCAGAAAGAAAAUGAUGAUAAUGGACUAGAGUACUGUAAGAGUGUUCUUAUCAGAAGGAUCUGUUCCCCAUUUAUUCAAGCAUCCAGUUUUUCUGUUGUGUUCCGAGCUGGGUUGUCAGGACCACAUUACAUGUACUUCUCUUGAAAUACCACUUUUAAUUUAGGUUGAAGAUUAUUGCUAAUGAUUGCAUGACUUCUUGACAGGAAACCCCUGACUAUGAUGUAGUGCAGAAUU